AGGAUAAUGGAACGGCUGUGGGUCUUUUUGCUGUUGCUGGCAGCAGCAUGCAGGGGACAGCCGUGUCCAAAACGUUGCAUGUGCCAGAGCCUUUCUCCAUCACUUGCUAUCCUCUGCUCCAAGACAGGCCUGCUCUUUGUUCCUGCUGCCAUCGAUCGACGAACCGUGGAGCUACGGCUUCAAGAGAACUUCAUCACGGCUGUCCUAAAAAAAGACUUUGUCAACAUGACCAGCUUGUUACAUCUGACGCUGUCAAGAAACACCAUCAGUCAGAUUCUGCCAUCCGCUUUCAGUGAUCUGCGACGACUGAGGGCUCUCCAUUUAGACUCUAAUAGAUUAACUAUGAUCAAGGAUGAUCACUUCAAAGGUCUGACUAAUCUUCGCCAUCUGAUCUUGGCCAACAAUCAGCUUCACUCCAUAUCCCCUCAUGCCUUUGAUGACUUUGUAACUACUUUAGAAGAUCUAGAUCUCAGUUACAACAACCUUGCUUAUGUCCCAUGGGACACAAUUGGUCGUCUAACCAACGUCAACACUUUGAAUAUGGAUCACAACCUCAUAGAAAAUGUUCCUCAAGGUGUAUUCACAAAUCUGCACAAACUGGCCAGGCUGGACAUGACAUCGAACAAACUGAAGAAAAUUCCACCAGACCCAUUAUUUCUGAGAAUCCCAGUGUAUGCCAAGUCUAAAGGCUCCCCCCUCUCCUCUCUUGUGUUGAGUUUUGGUGGUAAUCCACUCCACUGUAACUGUGAACUUCUGUGGUUAAGAAGGUUAACCAGAGAAGAUGACCUCGAGACAUGUGCCUCCCCUCCUGAUCUCAGUGCCAAGUACUUCUGGACAAUACCUGAAGAGGAGUUUAUUUGUGACCCACCAGUACUGACUAGAAAGUCCCCUCAUACUGUUGCUAUGGAAGGUCAGCCUGCCAGUUUGAAGUGCAAAGCGAAUGGUGACCCAGAACCUGAAGUCCACUGGAUUAGCCCUGAAGGACGACUUAUAUCCAAUACCACCAGAACUCUAGUUUUCCCCAAUGGGAGCCUGGAGAUCAACAUCACAUACGUGAAGGAUUCAGGAAACUUCACCUGCAUCGCCUCAAAUACGGCAGGUGAAUCCACAGGAAGGGUGGAGUUAGUCGUCACAGCAGUGCCUCAUCUUGCGAACAGCACAAGCCGCAGCCGGGAUCCUUCUUCUGAGCCCGCACCCUCUGACAUCCUAACCUCCUCCAAGGUUGCGCUGCCUAACAAUGAGACGAGAGGGGCAGACAGGAGGGUCUCAUUGGUGGAACUGACUGGAAACUCUGCCCUCAUUAGGUGGAACAAUCAAACGCCUACAUCUGGAGUCAGAAUGUUCCAGGUGCAGUACAACAGCUCUGGGGAUGACACGCUGGUUUACAGGAUGAUUCCAUCCAGCAGUAACGACUUCCUGGUUCGAGACCUUGCCGCUGGACGCAGCUACGAUCUUUGUGUCCUGGCUGUUUUUGAUGAUGUCAUCACAUCACUGACUGCAACACGUCCUUUGGGCUGUCUGUCAUUCACUAUGGACACAGAGUUCAACCAGUGUCAAGCUCUUCACAGCCACUUCUUGGGUGGAACUAUGAUCAUCAUCAUAGGAGGGAUUAUUGUUGCAUCUGUGCUAGUUUUCAUCAUCAUUUUAAUGAUUCGAUACAAGGUUUACAGCCACCAAGGCACGGGCCAUGGAAAAGCUACCAUUGCAGCUGCAGCGCCAAGACCACAGAGCAAUGGACAAGGAGGCAGUCAGGUACAAGUCCUGCCUCAUUCUGCCUCAAAGUCGACAGACAGUCAGGAUGAACAGGUGCUUUUGCCAUCCAGGGCCCUGUCGCCUAGCAACCCUGUAAAAGACACGGUGGCACUGGUCGAGGAGGAAAGUAGUGGACAGUUCGUCAUGGCAAAGACUGAUUCCUUGUUUAAUGAGGAGCUGCUCUCACCAACCAAGGCCCGCUUUUCUUCCAGGGUUGCCAUUGAGAUGAAAAUCAGACCGUCGUCUAUCACCAAAGAGCCCUCAUCUCCCAAGGAACUGGCAGAUCCUUGAUGCAGCUGCUCUGCCAUAUGUGCAGCACAAACACCACCAGAGGGAAGAACCUGGUGAAAACUCAACAAAAAAAAAACGACAACAACGCAGAAAAGGGCCCUCACGCUCAUCUCCCUGCAUCUCCUGUUUCCUGCACCCAUUCCUUUGUUUCUAUGGAUAUUAUGGUGUUAUAAACCUAUAAAAUCAGUUUUACUUUCAAGUGCUUAUCCUGGUUCACAUGUCUGGAUUGAAAGGCCAGUCGAGGCCUGGCAACCGUGUGGUCAUCUCUAACUUAUAAUGGAAGAGCAUUCUCCAUUUUGAAACAUCAGUAUUAAUGUGAAGUGGAAACGCUGAGAGAAAAUCAUUUGUAACACUGAAAGUGGAAGAAAAAUGCAUCUCACUCUGUCUGGGGCAGCAUCAAGAUACAAGGAGAGACACUGAGUGGAUGGUAAAAACAGACCCAGAAUGAAAGAAAAGGAAUGACUGAGCAUCAAAGGGAUGUUGGAUUCAUAGAAUAUCACCCUCAAGCAGCAAGCAGACUGGACAUCAUGACAGAUUUUGCAGAAAAGACAGAAAAGAGAUCUUCAAGUAGUUUGGUGUUUGCUAUACAUUUGACUCGUGACUGCACCUUAUUAGUCAAAGUUGAAUCACAUGGUAAACGUUAAUGAACUGGACUGUUCCUUUAGCUGGAUCUGGAGCACAAGUGAACUCUGCCAUCCCCAUAUUAGAAUCGGAUCUCCAUAGUACGCAGAAAACCUGAACUUGAAUGAGUCUUUGUGGACAGAAAAGAAACCUGGACUCAGAGGAGCAUAAAUGGAGCGUUACGCUGAUCAGCUGCAGGCUAAUCUGUACAAGACAACUCUGGCCUGUUUCCAGUUUAAUUCUUCUCGUGCUUUCGGCUCUAGAUGGGAUUGGAGGCGACCUCGUGGAGCUUCACUGACAUCUCUAACAUCUCCGCAGGCCUGCUUAAACAGACCCAGUGAUCAGAACGAAAGCAUCAUGAUGGAAGUCGUGGAAGACGCUCAUAAAUACAUUAUAAGUAGCAGGGUACCAUCUCACAUCUGUCAUAUUGAUAUCAUAAAGCACAACUUCUUCAUCUGAGACAUUAUCAUCCCUUCCAACA